AUGGCAGACAUACCAGUUCCUGGCACCGUGCAGCUGGUCGAUGCCACGGGCACAUCUACUUUGCAACAUGGAAAAAGCGAACAUGACAUUAUUCUGGUUCCCCAGCCGACGAACGACCCCAAUGAUCCUCUCAAUUGGUCGCCCAUGCGAAAGCUCAACAGCAGUGUAUGGCAGCAAAUUUGGACCUUCUUUGCCGCCAUGGUCAUCAGCGGACUUACACCUGCGUACCUCUUGAUUCAAGAGGAGACUGGAAUCCCGAUUGGUGAUCUCAACACUGGAAAUGGCUUGAUGUAUCUCUUCUUUGGGUUUGGAACUCUCCUUACACAACCUUUUGCACUAAACUUUGGUCGUUGCCCUGCUGCUGUCAUCUAA